ACCCAUGAUUAACUAUUUUCUCUAAUGUAGUAAAGCUGGGAGAGAUAAUUAUGGGGUAUGGAUGUUGAAGCUUGGGGGAUCAAAGGGAUGGGCAGCUAGGUGGGGUCCGUAGCUGCGUGUGCAGGUGGGUGGGUGGGGGCUUGCUGAGUCCACACUCAAACACCACUCGCAAACAGAUCUGGGCCAGGGCUGUUUAGGAGAGUGACCUUAAGAGACUUAAAUGCACAGCAGGGGAAGACAGACAAACAAAAACAAGAAGAUGUGAGAGCAAAGAGCAGCUUGAGACAAGGGGAGGGAGGGAGAGGAGGAGGGAAAGUGACAGACGCUGACAGACACCAUUCAAGAGCAAAAGAAGAAGCCAAGAGUAAGCUGCAAGAAUAGAGAAGACCCUCAGGGCAAGAGCAGGCUCUAGUAGGAGGCAGGGAGGGUGUGAGAGCUUCGGGGCCAGGAACUCUCCUGUGUCAGGCUGUUGAGUCUGGUCCCCGUUCUGCCUCACCCUCAGAUUCACUCCCUAGGUGUGUUUGUUUACUGGUUCCUCCCUGUCUCACUCAGAUGCUCCAGCUCUAGGAUCUCAGGGUGCAGAUCACAUUCUCCCAGACUCCUGAGCCCCGGGUCCAGACAUGGAUACCUCCAGCAUCUUCCUCUGCAUCCUGUUCCUUGGUGGGGCGCUGGGUCUCACCACCUCCUCGGCCCAAAGACAGCUUCACUGUUACACCUGCAACUUUGCCAAACCCUGCUACCCGGUUCCCACCAAGUGUCAGGAUGAUGAAGUUUGUGGCAUCAGUAUUGGUACCUCAGAACAGAGCGAGGUCAUCGAGCGGAAGGGCUGCCUCCCAAGGGCCGAGUGCUCCCUGCAGGGCCACACCACCUACUGGUCCCGCUCCUACACUCUCCGACACCACUGCUGCGAGCAGGACCUGUGCAACUCGGCUACCAUGCCGCGUCAGCUCCCCAGCCUCCUCCUCAUCACCCUGCUCGUCCUGGUGGCCAGCUUCACUUGGGGAGGCCACUAG